AUGUCUCGCCCUCCGCGAAAUGUGAACUUUUACGACGGUUUAACGGGUGCUCAUCUCGGCGGUGUUCGACAAAAUGGAUCUAUCACCAACGCUAAUUUUUUCCACAUGCUGAUGGAUGUCUUACUCGAAGCCAAUGGAAUAAUUUCAAUCCACCACAGAGAGACCGGACAACGAAUGCCGAUGAACACUGAUCGCUUAUCCGAAGGGGAUUAUGACAUCUUUUGCCCUCGAGGUGGUUUCAGACUGACCGAAGAGUAUUUCGUGCGACGAGUCCACUCACGUAGCCGAAGUAGCCGAGAGAACUCCUUUCGAGAUUCUGUACGCGCGCGAGACGGAAAAUGCGUUUUGACUGGACUGGUGAACAAUCUCGCAAGUGAGGGUAUGUGGACCGAGUUCGAGGCCGCACAUAUUUUCCCAUUGGAGCGCCGGGAACUCUGGCGCCAAUGUAACUUCGACCGUCUUAUUACGAUCAACUCAGUGCAAAAUGGCAUGUUAGUCUCGUCAUCGGUACACAGGCUAUUUGAUAGCUUUCUCAUUUCCGUUAAUCCGGACGAUGGUUACAAAAUCACAGAUUUUGCUGGCAAUAACUUGCAGGCUGAUGGUCGAGUACUCGAUAUCGUGUGCCGAAAUCCGAACAACCCGGACCGUGUCGCAGAUGACUUGCUUCGUUGGCAUUUCCGCCAGUCUGUGCUUGCCAAUAUGAAAGGGGCUGGCGAGCCUAUCUUCGAGCACGAUUUUCCGCCCGGUACUGAUAUGGUGAAAGAUAUCCUCCAAGGCCCAGAUCCCGCUCAGCGCAUGGAACUAGAGCUGUUUUCUCGAUUUGAUAUUGGGGGCCGGGACAGGUUCGACUGGGAUCGGAGGGGCCAAGAGCCUAGAAAUAAGCCUGGUUACCCAGCGCAAUUGUGUGAGUCGCUUACAUUGGAAAAGGCCACCUAA